AUGAAGCCAGUCAUCUCAAUGACGCGCGAAGCUGAAGGGCUGUUACGCAUCGCAUUGUUCAGCAAAGAGCUCAAGUUGCUCGGGACAAGCAAAACACUGAGUCAAAAGCGACUGAAACUCGCGCAAGACCUACGGAGUAACCGACGAAGGGGCGUCGUACCCAUCUUUCUAUCUACCCUGUGGUUUGUUCUUGCCUUAGGAAUCUCAAUUGAAGCAGCUUUUGGUGACCUCGGCAGCAACCUUCAAGCACACAACCUCGCAAUGGGUCUCUUCGUGUCCUGGCUUCCUAUCCUUAUCCUUUGCUCAAUUCUUGACCGAAAUCCAGUCGCAUCCGACGAUAUCCAACGCAAGCUCAAUAAGCUGGUCGACUUGGUGUGCAAUUCGCUCCUCGACCCUGACACGAGAAGAGAGUACAUCGCUUCUGUUGCAGACUUGCAUCAGGCGCAACAUAUGGCGUAUUGGGUGGAAAAGAUAGCUGCAAAGGCAGAAUACAUUAGGGGUGAUUACUUCCGUGGCUUCGCAGGCCAAGCUCGAACUAGGUUUCACUACGGUGCUGCCUAUGCGAUCUUGAUUGAGAUUGAGAAAGCGUAUAUUGCUGAAAGAGGAAGAAACUGGCUCAGUGAUCCAACGGAAGCAAGAGCUGCACUGGUUCUUGGCCAGACUGAUCACGGCUUCACUUGGUUUGAUGGUCGCCAACUAUGGACCGUAAUUGCUUCUAUUCUCUUUGUUGGUUGUACCAGCGUUGGCGCAUUCGUCUUAUCUUUCAACACGCCUACGGUCGGCUUAGGCUGUCGCACAGGUGGAUAUCUCAUCUUCUUCAUCAUUGCAUUGAUCCUAAUGAUGGCGGAAAUAGUAGUGUGGUGGCUUACAUCACCUUUGCGGAAGCAAGACCGAUUCCACUCGCACGUUGAGGAAUACACUCGUCAUGCGAGUUCUCGUAGGAUGACAGCAUUCGCAAUUCUUCCUGGGCUAGGUGCAUCUCUGUCAAUUUUGGCGCGGAUCCUUGAUUGUAUUGAGAACGUAGUACUCCAAGUGGUCCUGGUGCCACGUCGUCUGCUACCGACUAAGCAUAAGCUCGCGCGAUUGGAAACAACAGAGACCGCACUUCGGACACAUUUCCUGUCUUUACGAAACCUGACCGCCCGUAAUUGGCUCCAACGCGCUUUCUUCACGCCGCUAGAAUCCACGAACCUGGUGUGGGCGUGCUACCUUCUCGUGGCGCAAACACUUGGUGCGUUUAACAAUUGUGCUUGUAUGACCUCAAGUUGGGGUGGGUUUGGCGGCUACUUGGAUUUUACUCAGACCAAUGUGGCUAAGAGUGUGGCGGUGAGGGAAUACUGGAUCAUUGGUACUGUCACAACCUGUGCAGUGAUGGGUCUGGGUAUGAGUUAUAUUGUGCUCGAGUGGCUCGUCCAAGCACAUCUCAGCACGGAAGACUAUGACAAUGCCAUGAACGGUCUGCGGCGCGUGAGAAAAUUCCGGUACGUGACUUUAUGGAUCAAGUACCCGCUUGACUGGCUUGUCUACAUCGUCAGCAUCAUGCUGAACGCAUGUCAAGUGCGGGGACUCAACGAUCGUCGCAUCGUCAUGUGGACGAGAGACUGCACCCUCAAACCGGAGAUCGGGCAUAUGAUGGUACGAUGUGCGACCGAUGCACAACGACUGUCGUUCCAUGAGACUAGCGUGUGA